UGUCAUAUGGCAUAUGGCAUGGAUAAAUUAAGAUGUCAAAAUAGUUUGUCAGCUGUUGAGUAUAAUAAUUCCACUUUUCCAUUCCAUUCUUUAUUAUUAUAGAUUGAGAGUCAAGGUGAUAAGUGCAUUUGCAUUUUACAAAAUAAGGACAAAAUGUCAGGGGAAAAGAAAAAGGCGUUAUUCAUCUGCCUUGGUAAUAUUUGUAGAUCUCCCAUAGCAGAAGGAGUGUUUCAAAAAACUGUGAAUGACAUGAAAUUGGGUGAUCAAUGGGAAAUUGACAGUGCUGCUAUAGGAGGCUGGCAUGUUGGCAAUCCACCUGAUUGGAGAGCCUUAGACACUAUGAAAAAGCAUGAUGUUCCAUAUAACAACCAUGCUAGACAGAUAACUACAGAGGACUUCAACCACUACGAUUUUAUAUUUGGUAUGGAUGAGGCAAACAUGAAGGAUCUUUCAAAACGAGCUCCAAAAGGAAGUAAAGCUAAACUCCUUCUCUUUGGUGACUUUGAUCCUCAGGGUGAUAGAAUUAUAAGAGAUCCAUACUAUGAUAGUGAUGCAGUAGGUUUUGAAAAGUGUUACCAGCAGUCAUUGAGGUGUUCUAAAGGGUUUUUAGAGAGCCUGCAAAAAUAAAUAUCUCCAACUGUUUUCAUUGUAUACACUUUGUACACAUCAAAUUAAUAAAUUAUAAAUAUAGUUAUGUACAA